AUGUCAAACAUAGUCCAGACCACUACACACCUUGGUGAAAUUCGCGGAAAAACCACGAAUGGUGUCUCCCAGUUCUUGGGAAUCAAGUACGCCACCUUGAAGAAUAGACUUGCAGAUGCCGAACUAGUCGAAAGUCGCGAUGGAGGCGUUCUUGAUGCAACUAAAGAUGGGCCCACCGCGAUAUCACCUCUAGCUGGUUGUGACUUGGAACUCAGCGCGAUUCAACACACCCUACCCAAGAAGGAACUCACCCAGUCAGAUGUGGACUGUCUGAACCUAAAUAUUGCUGUCCCUGCAGGCACAUCUGCGCAUUCGAAACUUCCCGUGUUUGUCUUCAUCCAUGGCGGUGGUCUCAUAAUUGGGGCGAAUUCCUGGCCUCAGUUUGACUACGAGCGUUUCGUCAAGUUGUCCAUUGACAAUGAACUACCAAUUGUUGCAGUAUCAAUCAACUAUCGUUUAGGACCAUUUGGAUUUUUGACCUCCGAUGAACUGCGCAACGCUGGGUAUAAAGCCAACAAUGGACUUCGGGAUCAGAGGGUGGCUUUAGAAUGGGUACGCAGGCACAUUGUGGACUUUGGAGGGGAUCCCGAGAACAUCACUGUCGCUGGGAUGAGUGCUGGAGCAGCCUCUGUCACAUUCCAUCUCGACUCCGAAACACCGCUAUUCAAACGCGCUAUCUUGAUGAGCGGCUCUCGGUUCUUUGUCCAGGCUCUGCCAUACGACGCGCACGAGGGCAACUAUCAACACGCGAUGUCGGCACUUGGAUUGCAAAAUGCUACGUCGGACGAAAGGAUCAAGGCCCUUUUGGAAAUACCGGGCCAAGAUCUGCUUGCUAAACUUCCUUCAUCUGUCUUAACUGCUCCUGCGGUUGAUGGAGAUAUGGUUCCGUCUGCCGUAACAUAUGCGCAGGUAGCUGAUCAGGCAAGCGAUAUCCCCAAGGGAAAACAGUGGUGUCGCGAUAUAUUGAUUGGUGAUGCCCAGUAUGAUAUCAACAUUCUCGCUAUCCUACUGCCUCAUUUGAAGAACGCAUGUGCAGGGCGAUUUGCGAAAGCCGUUCAUUCCGUCUUUCCCACCAAGCAAGAACUAGCGACGCAGAUACUGGCAGGAUACGGGUUGACUGCCGAAACUACGGACGAUGAGGCUUUCCCUGCAGUCCUCAACUACCUUAACGAUAUCUUCAUAUUGGCGCCAACGCUGACAUACACGCGUGGGUGGAAAGGGCAUACCAAUGUCUACUACUUCAACGAGGGAAAUCCUUGGGAUGGACCUUGGAAGAGCAAGGCUGGCCACAUAUUGGAUGUCGCUUACCUAUUCCAGAAUUUUAGAGAUUUUUUGACUCCUCCGCAGCAGAAGAUAGCAGCUGUGUUCGCAGUUGAUUUCUUCAAGUUUUGCCAUGGCAUUAGACCAUGGCCUGCCGUGAUUGACGGCGACAUCGAGAAGGAUUUACGGCGCGAGUCUACGGGCCCUCCUCUGAGGGAGAGACAGUUGCACAAGUAG